CCCAACAAAGACUUGCUUAAUCUCGCCUCAUUCCAACCCAACUAUUGCUGCCAACAGGAUACCUAUCCAGCUGGGGUCAGCAAUACCCGGAGAUCUCAUCUUGCUCCCUUCGGUAAAUUAGCAGUAGCGUUGCCGCUAUGGAUGCCAAUCACGCCCACCCCACGGUCUCUGCUCACCAUGAGACGAAACGCCGAGUUCGGAAAGGCACCAAGAGCUGCUGGGAGUGCAAGCGGAGAAAAAUGAAAUGCACUCUGGACCCGUUUUCUUCCAGCGCCGUGUGCAACGGCUGUAUGCGAAGAGGGUCUAAGUGUGUCAGCCAAGAGUUCCUGGAAAAUGCCGAACCCUCGGAACCCCUUGCUAUUUCAGGCGUUGCCGUGGAUACUGGCGCUCCUACCAAACCUCGAAAAGUAGAGGGUCCUAUUACUCCUUCGUCACUAAGCGCUGAAUCUUUGUCACCCAGUAUUUUCCAAAGUGGAUGCCCACACCCUUCCGGGAUAUACAAUCUUCGGCAGGCGAGGACUGCCAGUCCCCUUCAAGAAAACCAUGGGACUUUAUCUCAGUACUUAUAUUCAUCUCUACCUUCCCGCGAAGACCUGACCAACAUAUGUAAUGCGCAUCGUCACCCCUCCGUUCCAGUGCUUGCCCACGAGAUCUUAACUUUGCCCUAUACUACACUCCAUCGAGAUGGUCUCAAAACACCCGAUACCCUCCUACAGAUCCCCCCACCGACUUCUCACCCGGUCCUCAUCGCAAAGCAUAUGCUGCAGGUAGCUAUCUUCCUACAGCAUGUCCAUCCGAGGAAUGAAGCUCUGCAGGGCCUAGCAGAGUCACCAUGGGUCAUCCAAGAACGGCUUGCAAGCUUAGCUAUCAAUCUCGUUACGACAAACGAAGAGCUCUCUGGAAACAUCGACGGCUUAGCGUGUAUCAUGAUGGAGAGUAUGUAUCAUGUAAACGUCGGCAACCUUCGGAAAGGCUGGAUGGCGGGUCGGAGAGCAAUUGGCAUAGCACAGCUCAUGGGACUUGAUCGUAGCCGCCGCCAUGGACAAUACAAGUCAUUCGAUUCCCAAACACAAUACGAGCCUCAUUUCAUGUGGUUCCGGCUUCUAUUCUUAGACCACCACCUCAGUCUCAUGCUUGGUCUUUCCCUCGGUUCCCCUGAUCGCAGUAUGGCUGCCGACAUGAAUCUUGAAAGCGACACCCUGACAGGGCGAUUAGAAAGAAUGCAGUGUGUCAUCGCUGCUCGUAUUGUCGAGCGAAACGAAUCCAGUCAAAUUGCCGGUUAUCUCGACCCAUCCCAACUUGAACUCACUGAAACUAUUGACAAGAACCUACAGCAGGCCGCCGCAAGUCUCCCUAGCAAGUGGUGGAGAGCGCCCAAUCUAGACAAUGUCUCGUCAACAUCUUCGGAGGCGCUGUUCUGGGAUACACGAAGGUUAUUUGCCCAGGUCCUCCAUUACAACCUUCUCAACCAACUCCACCUUCCAUACAUGCUUUGCGCCUCGUCAGGAGCCCAACAAAAGAGACGUCAUUAUUCUCGCGUCACAUGUGCUAAUGCGUCACGGGAGAUUAUCUCUCGUUUCAACACAUUGCGUGGCUUCAACCAGAUUGCAUACAGCUGGAGCUGUCGUAUCGUCGAUUUUGUCGCCCUUAUGGCGGCGAUGACGUUACUGUUAACUCACCUAGACGGUAGCGUCAGCUCCGACUCCCAAGAUGUUCUUGGUCACCAGUAUCUCACUGAUCGGGCUGCCAUUGAACAAGUACAAGAACACAUGGAAGAGGUCAAUCGUCUCAAUGAAGACGUGCUUAGUGCUCAAAGCGCCAAUGUGCUCCGCAGACUGCUGGCCAUCAAAGUUGAUAGGGUUGAAAACCGUUCUAACUUUGCUAGACGUGUUACCGUGCACGAGCCCGGGGACGAGACAUUAUUGGAAGCUGCUACCGAGGCAGUUGUCAGCGCGCAUAUUCCUUAUUUUGGCGUGUUCAAGAUAGCUACCGAAGAUGCGGUCCAACCUACACCCAUUGCAAUUGACACCUUAAAAGAUACCAUACAGGUAGAGAACACCUUCCCAGGAGAAACAUCAGGUGGCAAGGAAACGACUGCCAGCCAAAGAUCCCCAGGUCCCGAAAUUUCGAUUUGGGAUCUCUACAACGAUAUACUAUCUGAGCAGACCAUGGGGCUUCCUGAUAUGUCUGCCACUGGGAACAACUGGACUUUUCAGGGAGUCGAUAUGAAUUUUCUUGAUAGCCUAGCAGGCGAUUCUUUCGCUGUUGAGGAAAAUGAUGGUCAGUAGUAUCCAAGUUCAGGAAUGAAAGACACUGUCACAAGGAAGUGGAUGCGGAAUGGUAGGACUUAUUAUUGUGGAGAUAGUCUAUUAACAAGGAGAUUUCAAGGGGUAAAUUCACAGGUUACAACUUAGACUUCAGAUCAUCUCAAUAGACCUCAAUUGAUCCCUUCUGUAUGCGGC